AUGGUUAUAACUCGUUCGCAGUCGAGAAAAGAGGCUCGUUCUCUUAUUUGUACGAGCAAUGGUAACAAAGACGAUGCACCGGGUGUCGUGGGUGAUGACAAUCAGAACUCGACCCAGGAGCGCUUGGGCCGGGGUUGCCGCAUUCCUCGGGAGCCCCCCGCGUCGUACGACUCAAUGUACGUCAGGAAGGCCCUAUUGCCAUCAGCGAUGCGACGUGCGGAGAAUGAGGAGCUGCAAAUAAACUCCCGAUACCCGCAGCGGGAUGCAGCUAAACGGGCUGUUCUCAGGAUGAGUUCAACUCUGCAUUCAUUGGGUGAGCGCACCAGGAGGAAUUUCUGGCCUCUGGAGGACAAUAAUGGCGAUGGCGACGAUGAAAGCAGUUCAAACGACGGAACUGAAGAUGGCACUGCAUCCUUUCAGUCACUUGGGAGGAAAUGCAAUGGCAAUCGGUUUACAAACUUGCCCCGCAAGCGCGUCCGAGAGCCAUCCAUUAACUCCUUUAUCACAGAUGACUCAUUGCGAGAAGGAUCUAAUGGACGGGGAAAAGAUGCGGAUGAAGAAUUGCUUGUGGAAGACCCAUCUUCUCUUUCCUCGGCGGAAGGAUGUAUAAGCGAAGGUGAGGGCCGCCGUGUGUUCAGGAAGGCCAAAGAGAGUACAGUAAAGCAUAUUCCCAUAAACCACUAUCUUGACGAAGUGAUGAAAGCCUCUGGAAGAAAAACCAAGAAGGGAGACAAGCAGAAAUGCAAAACGCAUCGGCGUCGCAUGGAGGACAUGUUUCUUGGCCUCAAUGAAGCGCAUGGUGGUCCGGUAGGUGCAGGGAAAGGUGGUGAAGGGCGGUCGAUAACGGAGACACCCGCACCGCUUGGUGACAUCACCCCACUGCAUAUUGACACCUCAGUUUCUUUUGAAAAAGUGGGCGGCCUGCCUGGUCAUAUUGUGAUGCUGCGCGAAAUGGUGCUUUUUCCCCUUCUAUAUCCGCAUUUAUUGCAGACGAUGAACUUAACGCCGCCACGUGGGGUACUUUUUGUUGGACCUCCAGGAACAGGCAAGACACUUAUGGCUCGGGCAUUGGCAAAUGAGGCUGCAAGCUGUGCGCAGCGUAAGAUUGCCUUUUUUAUGCGCAAAGGUGCUGACAUUCUUUCCAAGUGGGUUGGUGAGAGUGAACGGCAGCUUAGUCUUUUGUUUGAAGAGGCAAGACGCCGACAACCGAGCAUUAUCUUUUUUGAUGAGAUCGAUGGAUUGGUGCCGGUACGCCAUGCCAAGGCGGAGCAGUCACAGGCGGCACUUGUUUCCACACUUCUUGCCCUUAUUGAUGGGCUGGACGACAGAGGCCAGGUUAUUGUCAUCGGCGCCACAAAUCGUCCCGAUACGAUUGAUCCGGCACUUCGUCGACCAGGGCGACUCGAUCGCGAGCUUUACUUUCCUCUUCCCGAUGCUGCUGCACGUCGACACAUUCUUUCUAUUGUGACACAGCCAUUACUUCCAUUGGACCAUCCCGAUCGGAAUGCGAUUAUGGAAGAGCUUACCACACGCUGCGAGGGUUGGUCGGGUGCAGAGAUUCAAGCUCUCUGCACAGAAGCAGGACUUAACCGCCUGCGAACGAGCCUGCCUCAGCUUUACGUCACCAGCCGGAGGUUACAAAUUCCUAACAAUGCCCUUACCAUACAAAAAGAGGAUUUUUUUGUGGCUGCCCAGCGCUUCAAAACCUCUGUGCGUCGUGGGACGGAGUCUAUUGUAAAAGGUCUUGAGGAGCAUCUUGAACACUUGCUUUACAGUACUAGAAUGAAGUUGGUGUCGCAUGUGGCGUCGAUGUGGCCAAGUGCGGCAAAGGCACUUGCAAAUGAGCGACGAGAUUGCAGUAAUGCAGGCGAUGCGGUACAGGAGUUAAUUGGCUUUCCCAUUCCUCAUACUGUAAAGCCAAUGUUGCUGUUUUUAACUUCUUCCGUUGAGAGGAACGUGUAUGGUGUCGACUCGUAUGAAUUUGCCCUGGAGAAAGCUGCCCUGGCUUUUAUCAAGGCACUUCCAUCAAUUCGUAUUUUUACCUUGAAUCUUCCUAACCUCGUGGUGGACCGCGGAAGUGCACCGAUGAUGGUGACGGCCACAGGUUCUGCCGUGCCUGAGGGAGGUGCGGGUAACUUUGAGGAGCUUGGUUUUCCACUGAAUAACAGCUUCACCUCGGGCCAUAUUUACUCUUGUAUAAUGGCCAUUCAGCGCUCCUCUGGUCCAUCGCUGGUUCUCCUACAAGGGUUGGAUUUAUGGCUGGCAGAGAAUGGCUACCCCAUCACUAAUGAAGAGGGCAAUGAAGGCGAUGGGACGGAUGAAGAGAGAGCCCAACACAAGAAACAAAUGGAAUCAUUCUGUUAUUAUCUUGCUCUUCUUCGUGAUUCGGAUGUGUUGAUCGUUGCCCCUACGCUUCACUGUGACGUUCUCUCUCGAUUCUUUGGUGGGACGCGGUUAAAUACACAAAUACACAAAACAGUCGGCAAUGUUCCAUGUGCACCCUCAGUUGAUGACUUGCAACGUUUUCUGCAAUACGUGUUUCAUGUGGUGGAAUUGGCGUUAUUACACUGUACGCAUACCGUGUGGGAAGAAUUACAUGAAGACAUUUCGCCUCCGCCUCCACCCUCCAUGGAAGAAGUGCGUGCGGCCCGCCAUGGCACACUUGAGUUGUGGCGGCGUGUGGAAUACCGCCGGCGUCAGUUACGUUAUGUGUUGUCGAAGUGGCUGGGUCAAUACCUUGUUUCUCGCAAGUUUUCUAUUCUUUGCAGUGCCGAUCUUGACUUCACACCGAGCCAUGACCUCUAUGAUGAGUGGCGGCAACACACCCAGGGAAGCCGAAUUGGUCUGUGUGAUGUGAUGGAGAAGCUUGAGAACGAAGAGUAUACUAGCCUCUCUCAAUACCAUGACGACAUUGACAUGCUCGUGCGGAAUGUACGCACCUUUUUUAGGACGCGCUCCUCAACGGACCAGCGGUACCGCAGUCGCGCUCUCGAGCUGAAAGAGACAACCGUGCUGAAUCUGUACAAGAUCAAUCGUAACGUUGUGCAGUUCUGUGAGCAGUACAAGGAUCUAGCGGAACCUGACGUCUCACUAUCCUCUAUUUCUCCAAAUGACGAUGUGAAGCCGAGGAUCGAAGAACCGACGGAAUCCAGAGCUGUGCAGAGCACGGUGAAAGGCAAACGAAAGCCGUAUCGUUACUACCGUGAUCGUCGUCGACGGCGUCGCAAGGUCCGAAAAACCCCUAAAGUACGUGAAAAUGAUAACUUGCAUAAGAUUGGGGAUGAGAAUGAGGAGGAAACCACGAGGGAGGAGGGGCGCAGUGCUAAUAGGGACGAGCUGAAGACGGAGCCGGCUGCCGCUGAGGCCCUCCCAAGAGGCGAGGAGGAGGUGGACGAUCACGCGGUCAUCGUUGAGCGCAACGGCAUUAAUUCCUCCGAUUUCUCUUCUUCCAUCGCACAGUGUGACAAGGCGGCGGAAAUCCGCGUCUCAAUGGAGAUGUUGCGGGGCCUUUCUUUUCUUGAGUUACAUGGUGUCUUUCAGGCCGCGAUGUCUCUUCUAGAGGAAGAGAUUAGUAGACGACGUAAUCAGCAGCAGACUGUCUCGGUUUCGCCCUUUACGGGAACGAGUGAAGUCGGAAGUACCUCUUUUUUUCUUUGGAUGUUGGGGGAGGCGGUGCGCGCAGCCGUGAAAGAGAGAAGAACAAGCAACUAA